GAAUGACCCCGAGUAACUUUCACACCUACCACCCCUCUCCGCUAGAGGGAGCGCGUGUCCCCGGGCAUUCGGCGUCAAUGAAAGCAAUACAAAACCCUCUGUAAGGAGAGCACAGGGAAGCUCUCCGAGGAGCCACGGCAUUCCUGACCAAAAUAAUCUUUAUCACACAUUUCACGCUCUAUUCUCCGUUCUCAACGGGCGGGAUACAAGAGUGAAAUAAGAGUAUGGAUCAUUAAUCGCCUUCCAAACCCAUCGGCUCAUGGAAUAUUCGCGCUGAUAUUGAAGAUUCCUGGGAUCUCCGGAGGAAGGCAAGGAAGCAAAGAAAGAAAGAAAGAACGGGAUUAAUCAAAAAGUCAACUGGCGGGUGGAAAAGCCCACUCUGGAGGGGCAUCAGGGGCCCCUGCGCUGGAUGACCGCCGUUCACUUCUCCCCAGCGGUCUGCAAUGGGGGAGACUAAAGUUAUCUAUCAUCUCGACGACCAGGAAACUCCAUACCUGGUCAAACUGCCCAUCCCUGCCGAAAGGGUCACCCUUUUGGACCUGAAAAACGCUCUCAAGAAACCAAACUACAAGUUUUUCUUUAAAUCUAUGGACGAUGACUUUGGGGUGGUCAAGGAAGAAAUCACAGACGACAAUGCAAAGCUUCCCUGUUACAACGGCCGUGUGAUUUGCUGGGUGAACUAUCCUGUUACGGAGCAAAGCGGCUCAUCCAGGCUAAUGAGACGACACCGCCGGCGGAGACGCAGACCCAAAGCCCAGCAAAUGGAGAGGUCUUCAUCUUUCAGUAGCAUCACUGACUCUACUAUGUCUCUGAAUAUCAUCACUGUCACUUUAAAUAUGGGGAAGUAUAACUUCCUGGGCAUCAGUAUCGUUGGUCAGAGUAACGAGCGCGGUGAUGGAGGCAUCUACAUCGGCUCCAUAAUGAAGGGUGGAGCGGUGGCGGCCGAUGGGCGGAUCGAGCCUGGUGACAUGCUGCUGCAGGUGAAUGACAUCAACUUUGAGAACAUGUGCAACGAUGAUGCCGUACGAGUGCUGAGGGAGAUCGUGCAUAAGCCUGGACCCGUGUCGCUUACUGUUGCCAAAUGCUGGGACCCAAACCCGAACAGUUGCUUUGCUUUGCCAAGGAGUGAGCCCAUCCGGCCCAUUGACCCUGCAGCCUGGGUGUCCCAUACAGCAGCCAUGACGGGCGUCUAUCCUCCCUACGGCAUGAGUCCUUCAAUGAGCACAGUCACCUCCACCAGCUCUUCCAUCUCCAGCUCCAUCCCAGAGACUGAGAGAUUUGAUGACUACCACCUGUCUGUCCACAGCGACAUGGCAACAGUUGCAAAAGCAAUGGCCUGUCCAGACUCAGGACUGGAAGUUCGAGACAGAAUGUGGCUGAAGAUCACUAUAGCCAAUGCUUUCAUAGGCUCUGAUGUGGUUGACUGGCUGUUUCAUCACGUGGAGGGGUUUGCAGAUCGCCGUGAAGCACGAAAGUACGCCAGCAACCUGUUGAAAGCCGGCUUCAUCCGCCACACUGUCAACAAAAUCACCUUCUCAGAGCAGUGCUACUACAUCUUUGGAGAUCUUUCUGGCAACAUGGCCCAUCUUUCACUGCAUGAGCAUGACGGAUCCAGCGGGGCGUCUGAUCAGGACACUCUCGCUCCAUUGCUUCACCCUGCUGAAGCUCCCUGGCCCACCGCGUUCCCUUACCAGUACCCACCAGCCCAUUCCCUCCCGGAUGCAGCUCACAGCUACUCUGAAGCCGGUGGAGGCAGCGCAGGCAGCCAGCACAGCGAAGGGAGCAGCGGUUCAAACUGCAGCUGGAGCCGGACUGAGGGGAAAACCACAGCUGGAGACUUCAGGUUAGGAGGAGGAAGCGAAAUGGGAGACGCACAUGAGUUUGACUUCCGCAGAGACAGAGCCCCCAGCGAGCGCUCGGUGCCGCCCAGUGAGGGCAGUGUGCGAAGCUCACGAUCUCACAGCUACAGCCUGAAGCAGGGAUCUGCACGAGCCGGCCCGGGGUCGCCGUCCGGCCGCCACCUCGCCAUCAUCCCCGCCGAACUCACGGGCUCCCGACGCUCGUGCAACACAGCCAAUGGGGAGUUCUUUGUCGACAUCAUGUGACUGUUGCUAGAAGAAGUGCCCAAACUAUUUUUUUGCCUUAUAAAUUACAAAAAAAGUGGCCUACUAGUGCAGCCGAUUAGAAUUAGGAUUAGUGCUGACCUAAAAUUCAGUAGCUUGUGAGCCCCAACAUCACUUAGGUCUUAGAAAUGAGUCUACUAAAGCAUAAGCAAACGGUUCAUGCUUACAAUAACAGAUUAAGAUGUUUUACUAAAUGUACAAAUUCACCUCAAAAUAGUUGGGAAAUGUUCUGUUGAAGAAAAUGGAACCAUUUCCUCUUAUGGACAAAAAAGAGUGUUUUUGAGAGAAAUAGCAAUAAUUGAAUGGGAUUUAGUUACAACACUAUAUGGGUGUGAAGAUUCAAGGUGAAUGUAGUCCAACCAAGGACGUAAAUGUCAGAUUUCAACAUUUCUGUUGGCCUGUUUUAGUGCGUAUUUGGAGGUUCUUAAGCCCUUUUUUUACUCUCAGUCUCAUGCAGAUAUUUCAUUAUUCAUGGAAAUUGUUUUUACUGAGAAUAUAUUUUUCAGUGUUUGUCAGCAAUAUUGUAUUGGGAGGAUUUUUGAAGUACCUUGUUAAGGAGAUUUCUUUUUUUAAUUUAUAAAUAUAGUUUUAUUGUGACAUGCUU